CUCGGUGAACAGCCGCAACCACUACGGCUGGAGCGCGCUGAUGCAGGCGGCCAGGUUUGGGCAUACAGGCGUGGCACACCUCCUCCUGGACCACGGGGCCGACGUCAAUGCCCAGAACCGGCUGGGGGCCAGUGUGCUCACUGUGGCCUCUCGGGGCGGCCACCUGGGUGUGGUGAAGCUGCUCCUGGAAGCUGGUGCCUUUGUGGACCAUCACAGCCCCUCAGGCGAGCAGCCAGGGCUGGGAGGCAGCAGGGACGAGCUGCUGGGUAUUACAGCCCUGAUGGCUGCCGUCCAGCACGGGCAUGAGGCUGUGGUGCGGCUGCUGCUGGAGUGGGGUGCAGACCCCAACCGCGCGGCCCGGACAGUGGGCUGGAGCCCCCUGAUGCUGGCGGCACUGGCUGGGAGGCUCGGCGUGGCCCAGCAGCUGGCAGAGAAGGGAGCCAACCCCGACCACCUCAGUGUGCUGGAGAAGACAGCCUUCGAGGUGGCACUGGACCGCAGACACAGAGAGCUGGCAGACUACCUGGACCCGCUGACCACCGUCAGGCCCAGAACAGAUGAGGAGAAGAGGCGCCCUGAUAUCUUCCACGCAUUGAAAAUGGGAAACUUCCAGCUGGUCAAAGAGAUCGCCGAUGAAGACCCCAACCAUGUGAACCUGGUCAAUGGGGACGGGGCGACACCGCUGAUGCUGGCAGCUGUCACGGGGCAGCUGCCGCUGGUGCAGCUGCUGGUAGAGAGGCACGCUGACAUCGACAAGCAGGACAGCGUGCACGGCUGGACGGCCCUCAUGCAGGCCACCUACCACGGGAAUAAGGAAAUUGUCAAGUUUCUGCUAAACCAAGGGGCAGACGUCACUCUUCGUGCGAAAAACGGGUACACGGCCUUUGACCUAGUGAUGCUGCUGAAUGAUCCUGACACAGAACUAGUUCGGCUGCUGGCAUCUGUCUGCAUGCAGGUGAAUAAGGACAAAGGCCGGCCAAGCCACCCACCACCUCUGCCCCACUCGAAGGUCAGAGAGCCAUGGAGCAUCCCGGUGCUGCCCGAUGACAAGGGUGGCCUGAAGUCCUGGUGGAACCGGAUGUCCAAUCGGUUCCGCAAGCUCAAACUGAUGCAGACACUGCCCCGCGGGCUGUCCGGCAACCAGCCCUUACCUUUUGCCGAUGAGCCUGAGCCAGCGCUGGACUCCACAAUGAGAGCCACCCCCCAGGACAAGACGGGCUUCCCUGGACUCCCCAGUGUGGCCCUCGUGACCAAAGGCAAUGGUCCUGGGAGCACGAGAGGAGAAAAGGAAGAUGCGUUAUUGACAACCAUGCUUCGAAAUGGAGCCCCUUUUACCAGACUCCCAAGUGACAAGCUGAAGGCUGUCAUCCCGCCUUUCCUGCCCCCUUCCAGCUUUGAGCUGUGGAGCUCCGAUCGGUCCAGGACCUGUCAGAAUGGGAAGGCAGAACCCAUGAAGACUGCGCUGCCCCAGAGAGCCAGCAGGGGCCAUCCUGUGGGUGGCGGGGGCACAGACACCACCCUCGUCAGGCCGGUGAAAUUUCCCAGUCUCUCCCGAAGCCCAGCCUCUCCUGCCAAUUCUGGAAACUUCAACCACUCGCCUCAUUCCUCAGGCGGUUCCAGUGCAGUAGGGGGUGUGAGCAGGCAUGGAGCAGAGCUUCAUAACCGCUCAGGUGGCAGCGUGGACAGUGUCUUGUCCCAGAUUGCUGCCCAGAGGAAGAAAGCAGCAGGAUUAUCUGAACAGAAGCCCAGCCAGCGGUCAAGCCCCGUGGGCCCUGCACCAGGUCCUACCUCACCUGAGCUCCCAGCCUCUCCUGUGGGCAGCAGUGUUCCCAGCAGCAAGAAAUUGGAGACCAGCAAACGGCCUCCAUCUGGAACUUCCACUACCUCCAAAAGCACCUCCCCUACCCUCACGCCCUCCCCUUCACCCAAGGGCAACACGGCCGAGUCCUCGGUGUCUUCCUCCUCGUCCCAUCGGCAGUCUAAGAGCAGCGGGGGCUCCAGCAGCGGCACCAUCACAGAUGAGGAUGAACUGACUGGAAUCCUUAAGAAGUUAUCACUUGAGAAAUACCAGCCCAUUUUUGAGGAACAAGAGGUGGACAUGGAAGCCUUCCUCACCCUCACUGACGGUGACCUGCAGGAGCUGGGCAUCAAGACAGAUGGGUCCCGGCAGCAGAUCCUGGCAGCCAUCUCUGAGCUGAACGCAGGCAAGGGACGCGAGAGACAAAUUUUACAAGAAACCAUUCACAACUUCCACUCAUCGUUCGAGAGCAGCGCCAGCAAUACCAGGGCCCCUGGCAAUAGUCCCUCCAUGGCUGAUUGGGUGAGGCCGGAAGAAGCAGCCCCCAGCAAGAGGUAGUAGCAGCUUAGAUGGCUCUGCCAGCAUCCAGGCCACAAGGAGGCCAGGUUUGGCCCAUGGAUUCCUGUCCUCAGCUGUUCCUGACCUUGGGUAUUUGUGUCACUGGGAUUCACACCAAGGUGGACAGAAAGAAAGAAGGCUGUCUGAUCGAAUUAUGGAGGCUGGUCCAGCACAGGGGCGGUAGGGAGCCUCUCUCGGAGCUGCCUGAAGACAUCGUACAGGCCAGGUCCAAGACUAGAUGGCUGCAGACAACUCCCCUGAGCUGUGCGUCCAAGUCAAGUGCCAUGUGCAGUGCCUGGGAUCCUUCCUGCAGGCUGGAGGAAGGUGGCAUUUGCAGAAGGUGAAGUGAAACACCCUCUGCGGCUGUCCUUGUCCAUUUCAAGCAAAUUAAUGGUGUCUAAUUAACCAGUGGGUCCUGUUCAAUGUAUAAAGAGACCUGAUGUUUUCCCUAAUAAAGUCAAUGCCAGAUUCUGCAGGACUGGCUGGAGA